AAGUUAAAUGCUGAUGACAAAAAAAGAAUCGCUGCAGUUUAUGAUAAAAUGAUAGAAAGCAACAUGUGGAGACUUGAAACCAGAAAAUAUGUUGAGAAAAAGAUGAAAGUAGUAGCUUUGGAACAAGAGUACGAGCACCCUGCACAUUCGGUCAUAAUGGACCCCACCGACCCUAUUUGGGAAAAACGGUUCAAUGCAGAGGAACUCUACGAGUUGUGGAAUUACAUAGUACCAGUAAUUCCUGAAUUACCAGCACCACUUGAACAGUUUAUGGAGUCUUUCGAAGGCAAAGAAACUUUGGAUGACUUAUAUUACCAUAUUCGCAGUUUUCGAUAUCAUCCAGUUCAUGAAUCAGAAUUACAUUGGAUGCAAUUGACUGUAGAAGAGGCACUUAUGUUGUUGUAUCAUGGAUACUUUGAAAAAAACCGUACAGAAGCCGACCUUAUCAGACACGCAUGGACUUUUAUGGAUAGUUGCUUCGACUCAUCUGAAUAUAUUGUAUCCAACAGUGGUGAAAAAGCCAGCAAGGCAACUUCAGAAGCACAAAACAAAGACAGACCAGUAGGUGGUGAUAAAAGCAUCACACGGAAGAAAGUUGGAACAAAAGUGGAUCAGCUUUUUGCUACCCCACUUUUCGAACUCGGUGCAAUGGAAGCAGGAGCAGAAAGUGACAGAAGUAGUAGUAAAAGUAUUACGGAACUUCAUAUGAAGUGUCCAAAAACAUUAAAAGACAUGGCCGUUGAAAUGGAACGAUACAAUCCGGUGCAAUUGCGCCAAAUAAAGACUUGUGGCUUCAUCAUUUCAGGUAAGCAAUCGAAGUAA